AUGUAUCACUAUGACCAAAGUCGGAACUCGCGGGUGAAAUGUGAUGCCAGUCAUAGUGGUCUGGCUGCUGCAUUAGAAAGGGAGAUAGAAAAGGAUGUUUGGGUGCCAAUUGCUUUUGCGUCACGCUUUCUAAACGAUCAGGAGAAGAAAUACAGUACCAAUGAAUUAGAACUUCUAGCGAUCACUGCAAUGAAUCCCAACACAAGUACCAACAACACAAAUGACAGUUUCGAGCAGUUGUUAAACCAGUAUCUGCCAGUCACUCAACAUUGGUUCUCCUCAGAUAGAGCCAGGCCAUGGUUUCGCGCGGUGGCUGUUCGACCUAGAAGAUCAGCAACAGUUCAACGAGGAAUGGAGCUGAGGAAUCAAUACGCCCGUAUUCUAGCGAAUUUCAGGUCCAAACGGGGCAGGACACCCGUUAUAUCGAAACAACAAUCUCAGUCAGUCAACAGUCUCGAAAUCUUAAAGUCACCAGUGGUCGCUAAGGACCAGAAAUCGUUAACCGGACUGGUGGGAAUUCUGGAUUCAGAUGUAUUGUCGGAACUCACGGACGAAGAUGCCAGUUUAAGCCUCAUGAAACGAGCAAUAGUCAACCGGGAUUACGAAGGAUUUUGCCGCCAGGGUCUGCAAGAUGUCAAAGAAACGGUUCUAAGGGAGGCACAACAAACAAUAGAGCAAGAGGUCAGAAAGUGCAGACUAAAAGCAGCUUCAGAAGACGAGCUUCUUGAGGGAUACAACAGAAGAGAUAAUGUGAGGAUCAUUGGAAAUCAGGAAGAACGAGGUACAAAUGAAAACGGGAGAAGAAUAUUCGAAGACUAUUUCCAAAGCAUUGACAAAGUAUUGAGCGUCGCCAAAGAAGCUGGCGCUGAGAUUGAGAAGAGCGAUAUUUCUAUUGCUCACAGAUUACCUGGAAGAAAUGCAAACUCCCGGCCAAUGAUAGUGCGCUUCUCCAGACGGAUUGCCAAGGUGGAACUGCUGCGCAAGAAGAAAAACCUGAACCAGUCGCAGACUAUGCACUCCCUCAUGUCCAGAAACGUGAGCGAGUUCGGCUGCUCAGUGCACGACUGUCUCGGUUUCAACAAGUUCGUGGUGAGGUGCUUGUACGACAAGAAGCUCGAGGAUGGUCACGUGGUGUUCAAAAACACCACAUUUCUCCAGCUGUGUGCAAACGGAUAUCCCAUCUCAUCCUGUGACCAAGAACUGGAAAAGAAAUGUAACCAAAGGGGGAAUGUGUCAUCUGUAUCAACCACUAUAUCAAGUGGUUCAACAACAGCUGUAGGCUCGUUAUUCGUACAGACCGGCAGCAGCAGUGGUCCAACAUCUACAGGGGGCUCAUCAUCUGUAUCAAAAGGCCGCAGCAGUGGUCCUACAACUCCCGGAGGCUCCUCAUCCGGAUCAAAAGGCAGCAGUAGUGGCCCUACAGCUACUGGAGGCUCCUCAACCGCAUCAAAAGGCAGCAGCAGUGGCCCUACAUCUACUGGAGGCUCCUCAUCCGCAUCAAAAGGCAGCAGCAGUGGCCCUACAUCUACUGGAGGCUCCUCAUCCGCUUCAAAAGGCAGCAGCAGUGGCCCUACAUCUAUUGUGGGCUCCUCACCCGCAUCAAAAGGCAGCAGCAGUGGCCCUACAUCUACUGGAGGCUCCUCACCCGCAUCAAAAGGCAACAGCGGUGGCCCUACAUCUACUGGAGGCUCCUCAUCCGCAUCAAAAGGCAGCAGCAGUGGCCCUACAUCUACUGGAGGCUCCUCACCCGCAUCAAAAGGCAGCAGCAGUGGUCCUACAACUACUGGAGGCUCCUCAUCCGCAUCAAAAGGCAGCAGCAGUGGCCCUACAUCUACUGGAGGCUCCUCAUCCGCAUCAAAAGGCAGCUGCAGUGGCCCUACAUAUACUGGAGGCUCCUCACCCGCAUCAAAAGGCAGCAGCAGUGGCCCUACAUCUACUGGAGGCUCCUCAUCUGCAUCAAAAGGCAGCAGCAGUGGCCUUACAUCUACUGGAGGCUCCUCGUCCGCAUCAAAAGGCAGCAGCAGUGGCCCUACAUCUACUGAAGGCUCCUCAACCGCAUCAAAAGGCAGCAACAGUGGCCCUACAUCCACUGGAGGCUCCUCAUCCUCAUCAAAAGGCAGCAGCAGUGGCCCUACAUCUACUGGAGGCUCCUCACCCGCAUCAAAAGGCAGCAGCAGUGGCCCUACAUCUACUGGAGGCUCCUCAUCCCCAUCAAAAGGCAGCAGCAGUGGCCCUACAUCUACUGGAGGCUCCUCACCCGCAUCAAAAGGCAACAGCGGUGGCCCUACAUCUACUGGAGGCUCCUCAUCCGCAUCAAAAGGCAGCAGCAGUGGCCCUACAUCUACUGGAGGCUCCUCACCCGCAUCAAAAGGCAGCAGCAGUGGUCCUACAACUACUGGAGGCUCCUCAUCCGCAUCAAAAGGCAGCAGCAGUGGCCCUACAUCUACUGGAGGCUCCUCAUCCGCAUCAAAAGGCAGCUGCAGUGGCCCUACAUAUACUGGAGGCUCCUCACCCGCAUCAAAAGGCAGCAGCAGUGGCCCUACAUCUACUGGAGGCUCCUCAUCUGCAUCAAAAGGCAGCAGCAGUGGCCCUACACCUACUGGAGGCUCCUCAUCUGCUUCAAAGGGCAGCAGCAGUGGCCCUACAACUACUGGAGGCUCCUCAUCCGCAUCAAAAGGUAGCAGCAGUGGCCCUACAUCUACUGGAGGCUCCUCGCCGGCAUCAAAAGGCAGCAAAGGUGGUCCUACAACUACUGGAGGCUCCUCAUCCGCAUCAAAAGGCAGCAGCAGUGGCCCUACAUCUACUGGAGGCUCCUCAUCCGCAUCAAAAGGCAGCAGCAGUGGCCCUACAUCUACUGGAGGCUCCUCACCCGCAUUAAAAGGCAGCAGCGGUGGUCCUACAACUACUGGAGGCUCCUCAUCCGCAUCAAAAGGCAGCAGCAGUGGCCCUACAUCUACUGGAGGCUCCUCAUCCGCAUCAAAAGUCAGCAGCAGUGGCCCUACAUCUACUGGAGGCUCCUCACCCGCAUCAAAAGGCAGCAGCGGUGGUCCUACAACUACUGUGGGCUCCUCAUCCGCAUCAAAAGGCAGCAGCAGUGGCACUACAUCUACUGGAGGCUCCUCAUCCGCAUCAAAAGGCAGCAGCAGUGGCCCUACAUCUACUGGAGGCUCCUCAUCCGCAUCAAAAGGCAGCAGCAGUGGCCCUACAUCUACCGGAGGCUCCUCAUUUGCAUCAAAAGGCAGCAGCAGUGGCCCUACAUCUACUGGAGGCUCCUCAUCCGCAUCAAAAGGCAGCAGCAGUGGCCCUACAUCUACUGGAGGCUCCUCAUCCGCAUCAAAAAACAGCAGCGGUGGUCCUACAACUACUGUGGGCUCCUCAUCCGCAUUAAAAGGCAGCAGCAGUGGCACUACAUCUACUGGAGGCUCCUCAUCCGCAUCAAAAGGCAGCAGCAGUGGCCCUACAUCUACUGGAGGCUCCUCACCCGUAUCAAAAGGCAGCAGCAGUGGCCCUACAUCUACUGGAGGCUCCUCAUCAGCAUCAAAAGGCAGCAGCAGUGGCCCUACAUCUACUGGAGGCGCCUCUUCCGUGUCAAAAGGCAGCAGCAGUGGCCCUACAUCUACUGGAUGCUCCUCACCCGCAUCAAAAGGCAGCAGCAGUGGCCCUACAUCUACCAGAGGCUCCUCAUCCGCAUCAAAAGGCAGCAGCAGUGGCCCUACAUCUACUGGAGGCUCCUCAUCCGCAUCAAAAGGCAGCAGCAGUGGCCCUACAUCUACUGGAGGCUCCUCACCCGCUUCAAAAGUCAGCAGCAGUGGCCCUACAUCUACUGGAGGCUCCUCAUCCGCAUCAAAAGGCAGCAGCAGUGGCCCUACAUCUACUGGAGGCUCCUCAUCCGCAUCAAAAGGCAGCAGCAGUGGCCCUACAUCUACUGGAUGCUCCUCAUCCGCAACAAAAGGCAGCAGCAGUGGCCCUACAUCUACUGGAGGCUCAUCAUACGCAUCAAAAGGCAGCAGCAGUGGCCCUACAUCUACUGGAGGCUCCUCACCCGCAUCAAAAGGCAGCAGCAGUGGCCCUACAUCUACUGGAGGCUCCUCAUCCGCAUCAAAAGUCAGCAGCAGUGGCCCUACAUCUACUGGAGGCUCCUCACUCGCAUCAAAAGGCAGCAGCGGUGGUCCUACAAAUACUGUGGGCUCCUCAUCCGCAUCAAAAGGCAGCAGCAGUGGCACUACAUCUACUGGAGGCUCCUCAUCCGCAUCAAAAGGCAGCAGCAGUGGCCCUACAUUUACUGGAGCAUCAAAAGGCAGCAGCAGUGGCCUUACAUCUACUGGAGGCUCCUCGUCCUCCUCACUCGCAUCAAAAGGCAGCAGCAGUGGCCCUACAUCUUUUGGAGGCUCCUCAUCCCCAUCAAAAGGCAGCAGCAGUGGCCUUACAUCUACUGGAGGCUCCUCAACCGCAUCAAAAGGCAUCAGCAGUGGUCCUACAACUACUGGAGGCUCCUCAUCCGCAUCAAAAGGCAGCAGCAGUGGCCCCACAUCUACUGGAGGCUCCUCAUCCGCAUCAAAAGGCAGCAGCAGUAGCCCUACAUCUACAGGAGGCUCCUCACCCGCAUCAAAAGGCAGCAGCAGUGGCCCUACAUCUACUGGAGGCUCCUCAUCCGCAUCAAAAGGCAGCAGCAGUGGCCCUACAUCUACUGGAGGCUCCUCAUCUGCAUCAAAAGGGAGCAGCAGUGGCCUUACAUCUACUGGAGGCUCCUCGUCCGCAUCAAAAGGCAGCAGCAGUGGUCCUAAAUCUACUGGAGGCUCCUCAUUCGCACCAAAAGGCAGCAGCAGUGAUCCUAAAUCUACUGGAGGUCACUCAUCUACUGGAGGCUCAUCAUUCGCAUCAACAGGCGGCAACAGUGGUCCUACAUCUACUGGAGGCUCAUUGUCCGCAUCAACCGGUGGCAGCAACGGUCCUACACCUUCUGGAGGCUCCUUAUCCGCAUCAAAAAGCAGCAGCAGUGGUUCUACAUCUACUGGAGGCUCAUCAUCCGCAUCAACAGGCGGCGGCAGUGGCCCUACAUCUACUGGAGGCUCAUUGUCCGCAUCAACCGGUAACAGCAGUGUUUCUGCAUCAACUGGAGGCUCAUCAUCCGCAUCAACUGGCGGCAGCAGUGGUCCUUCAUCUACUGGUGGCUCAUCAUCCGCAUCAACCAGUGGCAGCAGUGAUCCUACAUCUAAUGGAGGCUCAUUGUCCGCAUCAACCGGUUGCAGCAGUGUAUCUGCAUCUACUGGAGUCUCAUCAUCCCUAUCAACCGUCGGCAGCAAUGGUCCUUCAUCUACUGGAGGCGCAUCAUUCGCUUCAACAGGCGGCAGCAGUGGUCCUACAUCUACUGGAGUCUCAUUGUCCGCAUCAACCGGUCGUAGCAGUAGUCCUACAUCUACUGGAGGCUCCUCAUCCGCAUCGAAAGGCAGCCGCAGUGGUCCUACGUCUACCGGAGGCUCAUCAUCCGUAUCAACCGGCAGCAGCACUGGGCAUAUAUCUACUGGAAGCUCCUCAUCCGCAUCAAAAGGCAUCAGCAGUGGUUCUACAUCUACUGGAGGCUCAUCAUCGGGAUCAACAGGCGGCGGCAGUGGUCCUACUUCUACUGGAGGCUCAUUGUCCGCAUCAACCGGUGGUAGCAGUGGUCCUACAUCUACUGGAGGCUCAUUGUCCGCAUCGACCGGUGGCAGCAGUGUUUCUGCAUCUACUGGAGGCCCAUCGUCCGCAUCAAAAGGCAGCAGCAGUGUUUCUGCAUCAACUGGAGGCUCAUCAUUCGCAUCAACAGGCGGCAGCAGUGGACCUACAUCUAUUGGAGGCUCAUUGUCCGCCUCCACCGGUGGCAGCAGUGGUCCUACAUCUACUGGAGGCUCCUCAUCCGCAUCAAAAGGCCGCAGCAGCGGUCCUACGUCUACUGGAGGCUCAUUGUCCGUAUCAACCGGUGGCAGUAGUGUUUCUGCAUCUACUGGAGGCCCAUCGUCCGCAUCAAAAGGCAGCAGCAGUGUUUAUGCAUCAACUGGAAGCUCAUCAUUCGCAUCAACAGGCGGUAGCAGUGGUCUUACAUCUACUGGAGGCUCAUUGUCAGCAUCAGCCGCUGGCAGCAGUGUUUCUACAUCUACUGGAGGCCCAUCGUCCGCAUCAAAAGGCAGCAACAGUGUUUCUGCAUCAACUGGAGGCUCAUCAUUCGCAUCGACAGGCGGCAGCAGUGGUCUUACUUCUAUUGGAGGCUCCUUGUCUGCAUCAACCGGUGGCAGCAGUGGUUCUACAUCUACUGGAGGCUCAUUGUCCGCAUCAACUGGUGGCAGCAGUGUUUCUGCAUCUACUGGAGGCUCCUCAACCGCAUCAAAAGGCCGCAGCAGUGGUCCUACGUCUACUGGAGGCUCAUUGUCCGCAUCAACCGUUGGCAGCAGUGUUUCUGCAUCUACUGUAGGCCCAUCGUCCGCAUCAAAAGGCAGCAGCAGUGUUUCUGCAUCAAUUGGAGGCUCAUCAUUCGCAUCAACAGGCGGUAGCAGUGGUCUUACAUCUACUGGAGGCUCAUUGUCCGCACCAACCGCUGGCAGCAGUGUUUCUGCAUCUACUGGAGGCCCAUCGUCAGCAUCGAAAGGCAGCAGCAACGUUUCUGCAUCAACUGGAGGCUCAUCAUUCGCAUCAACAGGCGGCGGCAGUGGUCUCACAUCUAUUGGAGGCUCCUUGUCCGCAUCAACCAGUGGCAGCAGUGGCCCUACAUCUACUGGUGGCUCAUCAUCCGCAUCAACCGGCAGCAGCAGUGUUUCUGCAUCAAUUGGAGGCUCAUCAUUCGCAUCAACAGGCGGUAGCAGUGGUCUUACAUCUACUGGAGGCUCAUUGACCGCAUCAACCGGUGGCAGCAAUGUUUCUGCAUCUACUGGAGGCCCAUCGUCCGCAUCAAAAGAUAGCAGCAGUGUUUCUGCAUCAACUGGAGGCUCAUCAUUUGCAUCAACAGGCAACAGCAGUGGUCUUACAUCUACUGGAGGCUCAAUGUCCGCAUCAACCGGUGGCAGCAGUGGUUCUACAUCUACUGGAGGCUCAUCAUCCGCAUCAACUGGCGGCAGCAUUGGUCCUACAUCUACUGGAGAUUCAUUGUCCGCAUCAACCGGUGGCAGCAGUGUUUCUGCAUUUACUGGAGGCCCAUCGUCCACAUCAAAAGGCAGGAGCAGUGUUUCUGCAUCAACUGGAGGCUCAUCAUUCGCAUCAACAGGCGGCAGCAGUAGUCUUACAUCUACUGGAGGCUCAAUGUCCGCAUCAACCGGUGGCAGCAGUGGUCCUACAUCUACUGGAUGCUCAUCAUCCGCAUCAACAGGCGGCGGCAGUGGUCAUAUAUCUACUGGAGGCUCAUCAUCCGCAUCAACCGGCGGCAGUAUUGGUCGUACAUCUACUGGAGGCUCAUUGUCCGCAUCAACCGGUGGCCGCAGUGGUCCUACAACUACUGGAGGCUUCUCAUCCGCAUCAAAAAGCAGCAGCAGUGGUUCUAUAUCUACUGGAGGCUCAUCAUCCGGAUCAACUGGCGGCAGCAGUGGUCCUACAUCUACUGGAGGUUCAUUGUCCGCAUCAACCGGUGGCAGCAGUGUUUCUGCAUUUACUGGAGGCCCAUCGUCCACAUCAAAAGGCAGCAGCAGUGUUUCUGCAUCAACUGGAGGCUCAUCAUUCGCAUCAACAGGAGGCAGCAGUAGUCCUACAUCUACUGGAGGCUCAAUGUCCGCAUCAACCGGUGGCAGCAGUGGUCCUACAUCUACUGGAGGCUCAUCAUACGCAUCAACAGGCGGCGGCAGUGGUCCUACAUCUACUGGAGGCUCAUUGUCCGCAUCAAAAGGAAGCAACAGUGGUCCUAAAUCUACCGGGGGCUCUUCAUCCGUAUCAACUGGCAGUAGCACUGGGCCUACAUCUACUGGAGGCUCCCCAACCGUAUCAAAAGGCAGCAGCAGUAGUCCUACAUCUACUGGAGGCUCAUCAUCCGCAUCAAAAGGCGGCAGCAGUCGUCCUAACUCUACCAGGGGCUCAUCAGCCGCAUCAGCAGGCAGCAGCAUUGUUUCUACUUCUACCGGUGGCAGCAGUGUUUCUGUAUCUACUGGAGGUUCAUCAUCCACAUCAACUAACGGCAGCAGUGGUCCUACAUCUACUGGUGGCUCAUCAUCUGCAUCAAUCAGUGGCAGCGGUGGUCAUACAUCUACUGGAGGCCCAUCGUCCGCAUCAAAAGGCAGCAGCAGUGCUUCUGCAUCUACUGGAGGCUCAUCAUUCGCAUCAACAGGCGGCAGCAGUGGUCCUACAUCUACCACGGGCUCAUCAGCCGCAUCAGCAGGCAGCAGCAUUGUUUCUACAUCUACUGAGAGCUCAUCAUCCGAAUCAACAGGUAUCAGCAGUAGUCCUUCAUCUACUGUAGUCUUCUCAUCUGCAUCAAUCAGUGGCGUUAGUGGUAUUAUAUCUAUUGGAGGCUCAUCGUCCGCAUCAACAGGCAGCAGCAGUAUUUCUACAUCUACUGGGAGAUCAUCAUACGCAUCAACCGACGCCAGCAGUGGUCCUACACCUACCGGAGGCUACUCAUCUGCAUCAAUCAGUGGCAGCAGCGGUCCUACAUCUACUAGAGGCUCAUCAUCCACAUCAACUGGCGGCAUCAGUGGUCCCACAUCUGCUGGAGGCUCAUCUUCCGGAUCAACCGGCAGCAGCAGUGGUCCAAAAUUUACUGGAGGCUCGUCUUCCGCAUCAACCGGCGGCAGCAGUGGUCCAACAUCUAACGGGGGCUCAACAUCUGUAUCAACCAGCGCCAGCAGUGUUUCUACAUCUACUGGAGGCUCAUCAUUCGCUUCAACCGGUGGCAGCAGUGGUCCUACAACUACUGGAGGCUUCUCAUCUGCAUCAAAAAGCAGCAGCAGUGGUUCUAGAUCUACUGGAGGCUCAUCAUCCGGAUCAACUGGCGGCAGCAGUGGUCCUACAUUUACUGGAGGCCCAUCGUCCGCAUCAAAAGGCAGCAGCAGUGUUUCUGCAUCAACUGGAGGCUCAUCAUUCGCAUCAACAGGCGGCAGCAGGGGUCCUACAUCUACUGGAGGCUCCUCAUAUGCAAUUAUUAGUGGCAGCAGUGGUCUUACAUCUACUGGAAGCUCAUCGUCCGCAUCAACCGGCAGCAGCAGUGGUCCAAAAUUUACUGGAGGCUCGUCUUCGGCAUCAACCGGCGGCAGCAGUGGUCCUACAUCUACUGGAGGCUCAACAUCCUCAUCAACAGGCAUCAGCAGUGGUCCUACAUCUACUAGAGGCUCAUCAUCCACAUCAACAGGCGGCAUCAGUGGUCCAAAAUUUACUGGAGGCUCGUCUUCCGCAUCAACCGGCGGCAGCAGUGGUCCAACAUCUAACGGGGGCUCAACAUCUGUAUCAACCGGCGCCAGCAGUGUUUCUACAUCUACUGGAGGCUCAUCAUUCGCAUCAACCGGUGGCAGCAGUGGUCCUACAACUACUGGAGGCUUCUCAUCCGCAUCAAAAAGCAGCAGCAGUGGUUCUACAUCUACUGGAGGCUCAUCAUCCGGAUCAACUGGCGGCAGCAGUGGUCCUACAUUUACUGGAGGCCCAUCGUCCGCAUCAAAAGGCAGCAGCAGUGUUUCUGCAUCAACUGGAGGCUCAUCAUUCGCAUCAACAGGCGGCAGCAGGGGUCCUACAUCUACUGGAGGCUCCUCAUAUGCAAUUAUUAGUGGCAGCAGUGGUCUUACAUCUACUGGAAGCUCAUCGUCCGCAUCAACCGGCAGCAGCAGUGGUCCAAAAUUUACUGGAGGCUCGUCUUCCGCAUCAACUGGCGGCAGCAGUGGUCCUACAUCUACUGGAGGCUCAACAUCCACAUCAACAGGCGGCAUCAGUGGUCCUACAUCUGCUGGAGGCUCAUCUUCCGCAUCAACUGGCAGCAGCAGUGGUCCAAAAUUUACUGGAGGCUCGUCUUCCGCAUCAACCGGCGGCAGCAGUGGUCCAACAUCUAACGGGGGCUCAACAUCUGUAUCAACCGGCGCCAGCAGUGUUUCUACAUCUACUGGAGGCUCAUCAUUCGCAUCAACCGGUGGCAGCAGUGGUCCUACAACUACUGGAGGCUUCUCAUCCGCAUCAAAAAGCAGCAGCAGUGGUUCUACAUCUACUGGAGGCUCAUCAUCCGAAUCAACUGGCGGCAGCAGUGGUCCUACAUUUACUGGAGGCCCAUCGUCCGCAUCAACAGGCAUCAGCAGUGGUCCUACAUCUACUAGAGGCUCAUCAUCCACAUCAACAGGCGGCAUCAGUGGUCCUACAUCUGCUGGAGGCUCAUCUUCCGCAUCAACCGGCAGCAGCAGUGGUCCAAAAUUUACUGGAGGCUCGUCUUCCGCAUCAACCGGCGGCAGCAGUGGUCCAACAUCUAACGGGGGCUCAACAUCUGUAUCAACCGGCGCCAGCAGUGUUUCUACAUCUACUGGAGGCUCAUCAUUCGCAUCAACCGGUGGCAGCAGUGGUCCUACAACUACUGGAGGCUUCUCAUCCGCAUCAAAAAGCAGCAGCAGUGGUUCUACAUCUACUGGAGGCUCAUCAUCCGGAUCAACUGGCGGCAGCAGUGGUCCUACAUUUACUGGAGGCCCAUCGUCCGCAUCAAAAGGCAGCAGCAGUGUUUCUGCAUCAACUGGAGGCUCAUCAUUCGCAUCAACAGGCGGCAGCAGGGGUCCUACAUCUACUGGAGGCUCCUCAUAUGCAAUUAUUAGUGGCAGCAGUGGUCUUACAUCUACUGGAAGCUCAUCGUCCGCAUCAACCGGCAGCAGCAGUGGUCCAAAAUUUACUGGAGGCUCGUCUUCCGCAUCAACCGGCGGCAGCAGUGGUCCAACAUCUAACAGGGGCUCAACAUCUGUUUCAACCGGCGCCAGCAAUGGUCAUACGUCUACUGGAGGCUCCUCGACUGCAUCCAACAGUGGCAGAGGUGGCCCUACAUCUGAUGGAGGCUCCAGAAGCAGCAGUAUUUCAACAACAACUGGAGGCUCAUCACUACCGUCAACAGUCGGAACCAGUAGUCCAUUGUUGACUGGAGGCACAUCAACUGCAUCAAUCGGCGGAAGCAGUGUUUCAUCAUCUACUGAAGCCUCAUCAUCUGUAUCGAUUCGCGGCAGCAAUAGUCCAACAAGAAAAAAAACAAGUGCAGUUAGAUCAUCUGCGAUCACUGGCUCAUCAACUGCAACUGAUUCUCAUCAUCAUAAGCAUAACUCAACAACUACUUUUACGAACAGUACUUCGUUUAAAUCGACCACUAUAAAUAUGAGGUCAACAGGGAGGAACUGCAGCACGACAAUUGCAUCUAGUACCACGUCCGCAACAAGCGGUGGCAGCAGUAGUCCUGCAUCUACUGGAGGCUCGUCUUUCGUCUCAACCGGCGCCAGCAGUGGUCCAACAUCUGGUGGAGGCUCCUCUUUCGCAUCAACCGACGGUAGCAGUGGUCCUACAUCUACUGGACGCUCAUCAUACCCAUCAACCGGCGGCAGCAGUGGUCCUACAUCUACUGGAGGCUCAUCCUAUGUAUCAACCGGCGGCAGCAUUAGUCCUACAUCCAUUGGAGGCUCAUCAACCGCAUCAACUGGCGGCGGCACUGGUCCUACAUCUACUGGAGGCUCGGCGUCGGCAUCAAUCGACGGCAGCAGUGGUCCUACAUUUACUGGAAGUUCAUCGUCCGCAUCAAACGUUGGCAGCAGUGGAUAUACAUAUGCUGGAUUCUCAUCAACCACGUCAACCGGCGGCAGCAGUGGUUCUACAUCUAAAGGAGGCUCAUCAUUCGUAUCAACCGGCGCCAGCAGUGGGCGUACAUCUAGUGGAGGCUCAUCAUUCGCAUCAACCGGCCGAAACAGUGGUCCUACAUCUACUGGAGUCUCAUCGUCCGAAUCAACCGGCGGCAGCAGCGGUCCUACAUCUAGUGGAAGUUCAUCGUCCGCUUCAAACAUUGGCAGCAAAGGAUACACAUCUGUUGGAGUCUCAUCAUCAGCAUCAACCGGCGGAAGCAGUGGUCCUACAUCUAAAGGAAUCUCAUCAUCCGUAUCAACCGGCGCCAGCAGUGGUCGUACAUCAUCUACUGGAGACUCGUCAUCCUCAUCAACCGGCAGCAGCAGUGGUCUUACAUCCUCUGGAUUCUCAUCGUUCGCAGCAACCGGCGGGAGCAGUGGUCAUAUAUCUACUGGAGGCUCAUCAUCCGCAUCAAACGUCAGCAGCAAUAGUCCUACAUCUACUGGAGGCUCCCCAUCCGCAUCAACCGGCGCCAGCAUUGGUCCUACAUCUAGAGGAGGCUCCUCAAUCGCGUCAACCAGCGGCAGCAGUCGUCCUACAUCUACCGGUGGCUUAUCUUCCGCAUCAACCGGCGGCAGCAGUGGUCCAACUUCUACCGGGGGUUCCUCAUUGGUAUCAACCAGCGCCAGCAGUGGCCCUACAUCUACAGGAGGCUCAUCAACCUCAUCAACAGGCAACAGCAGUGUUUCUACAUCUACUGGAGGCUCAUCAUUCGCAUCAACAGGCGGCAGCAGUGGUCCUACAUCUACUGGAGGCUCAUCGUUCGCAUCAACCGGCAGCAGCAGUAGUCCAAAAGUUACUGGAGGCUCGUCUUCCGCAUCAACCGGCGCCAGCAGUGGUCCAACAUCUAACGCUGGCUCAUCAUCUGUAUCAACCGACGCCAGCAAGGGCACUACAUCUACUGGAGGCUCCUCGACUGCAUCCAACAGUGGCAGAGGUGGUCCUACAUCUGCUGGAGGCUCCAGAAGCAGCAGUGUUCCAACAACUACUGUAGGCUCAUCACUACCGUCAACAGGUGGAACCAGUAGUCCAUUGUUGACUGGAGGUACAUCAACUGCAUCAGCUGGCAGAAGCAGUGUUGCAUCAUCUACUGGUGUCUCAUCAUCUGUAUCGAUUGGCGGCAGCAAUAUUCCAACAGUAACAAAAACAAAUGCAGUUAGAUCAACUGCCACCACUGGCUCAUCAACUGCAACUGAUUCUCAUCAUCAUAAGCAUAAUUCAACGACUAUCUUUACGAACAGUACUGGAGGCUCCCCAAUCGCAUCAACCGGCGGCAGCAGUGGUCCUUCAUCUAGUGGAGGCUCCUCAUUUGCGUCAACUGGCGGCAGCAGUAGUCCUACAUCUAGUGGAGGCUCCUCAAUCGCGUCAACCGGCGGCAGCAAUGGUCCUAUAUCUACUGGCAGCUCAACAGCCGCAUCAACCGGCGGCAGCAGUGGGCCUACACCUAGUAGAGGCUCCUCGCCCGCAUCAACCGGUGGCAGCAGUGGUCUUUCAUCUAGUAGAGGCUCCUCAUUCGCGUCAACCGGCGGCAGCGAAGGUCCUACAUCUACUGGAGGCUCCUCAUCCGCAUCUUCCGGUGGCAGCAGUGGUCUUUCAUCUACCGGUGGCUUAUCUUCCGCAUCAACCGGCGGCAGCAGUGGUCCAACUUCUACCGGGGGUUCCUCAUUGGUAUCAACCAGCGCCAGCAGUGGCCCUACAUCUACAGGAGGCUCAUCAACCUCAUCAACAGGCAACAGCAGUGUUUCUACAUCUACUGGAGGCUCAUCAUUCGCAUCAACAGGCGGCAGCAGUGGUCCUACAUCUACUGGAGGCUCAUCGUUCGCAUCAACCGGCAGCAGCAGUAGUCCAAAAGUUACUGGAGGCUCGUCUUCCGCAUCAACCGGCGCCAGCAUUGGUCCUACAUCUAGAGGAGGCUCCUCAAUCGCGUCAACCAGCGGCAGCAGUCGUCCUACAUCUACCGGUGGCUUAUCUUCCGCAUCAACCGGCGGCAGCAGUGGUCCAACUUCUACCGGGGGUUCCUCAUUGGUAUCAACCAGCGCCAGCAGUGGCCCUACAUCUACAGGAGGCUCAUCAACCUCAUCAACAGGCAACAUCAGUGUUUCUACAUCUACUGGAGGCUCAUCAUUCGCAUCAACAGGCGGCAGCAGUGGUCCUACAUCUACUGGAGGCUCAUCGUUCGCAUCAACCGGCAGCAGCAGUAGUCCAAAAGUUACUGGAGGCUCGUCUUCCGCAUCAACCGGCGCCAGCAGUGGUCCAACAUCUAACGCUGGCUCAUCAUCUGUAUCAACCGACGCCAGCAAGGGCACUACAUCUACUGGAGGCUCCUCGACUGCAUCCAACAGUGGCAGAGGUGGUCCUACAUCUGCUGGAGGCUCCAGAAGCAGCAGUGUUCCAACAACUACUGUAGGCUCAUCACUACCGUCAACAGGUGGAACCAGUAGUCCAUUGUUGACUGGAGGUACAUCAACUGCAUCAGCUGGCAGAAGCAGUGUUGCAUCAUCUACUGGUGUCUCAUCAUCUGUAUCGAUUGGCGGCAGCAAUAUUCCAACAGUAACAAAAACAAAUGCAGUUAGAUCAACUGCCACCACUGGCUCAUCAACUGCAACUGAUUCUCAUCAUCAUAAGCAUAAUUCAACGACUAUCUUUACGAACAGUACUGGAAGCUCCCCAAUCGCAUCAACCGGCGGUAGCAGUGGUCCUUCAUCUAGUGGAGGCUCCUCAUUUGCGUCAACUGGCGGCAGCAGUAGUCCUACAUCUAGUGGAGGCUCCUCAAUCGCGUCAACCGGCGGCAGCAAUGGUCCUAUAUCUACUGGCAGCUCAACAGCCGCAUCAACCGGCGGCAGCAGUGGGCCUACACCUAGUAGAGGCUCCUCGCCCGCAUCAACCGGUGGCAGCAGUGGUCUUUCAUCUAGUAGAGGCUCCUCAUUCGCGUCAACCGGCGGCAGCAAAGGUCCUACAUCUACUGGAGGCUCCUCAUCCGCAUCUUCCGGUGGCAGCAGUGGUCUUUCAUCUAGUGGAGGCUCCUCAGUCGCGUCAACCGGCGGCAGCAGUGGUCCUACAUCCAGUGGAGGCUCCUCAUUCGCGUCAACCGGCGGCAGCAGUGGUCCUACAACUACUGGAGGCUCCUCAUCCGCAUCAACCGGUGGCAGCAGUGGUCUUUCAUCUAGUGGUGGAGGCUCCUCAGUCGCGUCAACCGGCGGCAGCAGUGGUCCUACAUCCAGUGGAGGCUCCUCAUUCGCGUCAACCGGCGGCAGCAGUGGUCCUACAACUACUGGAGGCUCCUCAUUCGCGUCAAGCGGCGGUAGCAAAGGUCCUACAUCUACUGGAGGCUCCUCAUCCGCAUCAACCGGUGGCAGCAGUGGUCCUAUAUAUAGUGGAGGUUCCUCAUUCGCGUCAACCGGCGGCAGCAGUGGUCCUACAUCUAGUGGAGGCUCCUCAUCCGCAUCAACCGGUGGCAGCAGUGGUCUUUCAUCUAGUGGAGGCUCCUCAGUCGCGUCAACCGGCGGCAGCAGUGGUCCUACAUCCAGUGGAGGCUCCUCAUUCGCGUCAACCGGCGGCAGCAGUGGUCCUACAACUACUGGAGGCUCCUCAUUCGCGUCAAGCGGCGGUAGCAAAGGUCCUACAUCUACUGGAGGCUCCUCAUCCGCAUCAACCGGUGGCAGCAGUGGUCCUAUAUAUAGUGGAGGUUCCUCAUUCGCGUCAACCGGCGGCAGCAGUGGUCCUACAUCUAGUGGAGGCUCCUCAUCCGCAUCAACCGGUGGCAGCAGUGGUCUUUCAUCUAGUGGAGGCUCCUCAGUCGCGUCAACCGGCGGCAGCAGUGGUCCUACAUCCAGUGGAGGCUCCUCAUAUCGCGUCAACCGGCGGCAGCAGUGGUCCUACAACUACUGGAGGCUCCUCAUUCGCGUCAAGCGGCGUGGAGGUUCCUCAUUCGCGUCAACCGGCGGCAGCAGUGGUCCUACAUCUAGUGGAGGCUCCUCAGUUGCGUCAACCGGCGGCAGCAGCGGACCUACAUCUAGUGGAGGCUCCUCAUUCGCGUCAACCGGCGCCAGCAGUGGUCUUACAUCUACUGGAGGCUCCUCAUUCGCAUCAACCGGCGGCAGCAGUGAUCUUUCAUCUAGUGGAGGCUCCUCAAUCGCGUCAACUGGCGGCAGCAAAGGUCCUACAUCUACUGGCGGCUCAACAGCCGCAUCAACCGGCGGCAGCAUUGGUUCUACAUCUAGUGGAGGCUCCUCAUUCGCGUCAACCGGUGGAAGCAGUGGUUCUACAUCUACUGGAGACUCCUCAGCCGCAUCAACCGGCGGCAGCAUUGGUCCUCAAUCUAGUGGAGGCUCCUCAUUCGCGUCAACGGCCGGUAGCAGUGGUCCUACAUCUAGUGGAGGCUCCUCAUUCGCGUCAACCGGCGGCAGCAAAGGCCCUACAUCUACUGGAGGCUCAUCAUCCGCAUCAACCGCUGGCAGCAGUGGUCCUUCAUCUAUUGGAGGCUCCUCAUUCGCGUCAACCGGCGGCAGCAGUGGUCCUAUAUCUAGUGGAGGCUCCUCAGUCGCGUCAACAGGCGGCAGCAGUGGUCCUACAACUAGUGGAGGCUCCUCAUUCGCGUCAACCGGCGGCAGCAGUGGUCCUACAUCUAGUGGAGGCUCUUCAUUUGCGUCAACCGGCGGCAGCAGUGGUCCUACAUCUAGUGGAGGCUCCUCAGUCGCGUCAACCGGCGGCAGCAGUGGUCCUACAUCCAGUGUAGGCUCCUCAUUCGCGUCAACCGGCGGCAGCAGUGGUCCUUCAUCUAGUGGAGGCUCCUCAAUCGCGUCAACUGGCGGCAGCAAAGGUCCUACAUCUACUGGCGGCUCAACAGCCGCAUCAACCGGCGGCAGCAUUGGUUCUACAUCUAGUGGAGGCUCCUCAUUCGCGUCAACCGGUGGAAGCAGUGGUUCUACAUCUACUGGAGACUCCUCAGCCGCAUCAACCGGCGGCAGCAUUGGUCCUCAAUCUAGUGGAGGCUCCUCAUUCGCGUCAACGGCCGGUAGCAGUGGUCCUACAUCUAGUGGAGGCUCCUCAUUCGCGUCAACCGGCGGCAGCAAAGGCCCUACAUCUACUGGAGGCUCAUCAUCCGCAUCAACCGCUGGCAGCAUGGAGGCUCCUCAGUCGCGUCAACAGGCGGCAGCAGUGGUCCUACAACUAGUGGAGGCUCCUCAUUCGCGUCAACCCGGCGGCAGCAGUGGUCCUACAUCUAGUGGAGGCUCCUCAUUUGCGUCAACCGGCGGCAGCAGUGGUCCUACAUCUAGUGGAGGCUCCUCAACCUCGUCAACCGGCGGCAGCAGUGUUUCUACAUCUAGUGGAGGCUCCUCAUUCGCGCCAACCGGCGGCAGCAGUGGUCGUACAUCUAGUGGAGUCUCCUCAUUCGCAUCAACCGGCGUCAGCAGUGGUCCUACAUCUACUGGAGGCUCCUCAUCCGAUUCAACCGGCGGCAGCAAUGGUCCUACAUCUAGUGGAGGCUCCUCAUUCGCGUCAACCGGGGGCAGCAGUGGUCCUACAUCUACUGGAGGCUCCUCAUCCGCUUCAACCGGCGGAAGCAGUGGUCCUACAUCUAGUGGAAGCUCCUCAUUUGCGUCAACCCGGCGGCAGCAGCAGUCCUACAUCUAG